AUGGCUUUGCGAACAGCCAAAAAAGCUGAGAUCGUUUUGGCACGUAGCAAACGAACGAGCGAAAAGUAUCCUGUGCGCACAUCACAUCUCUCAGGAAGCUGUCCCAGUUCUAGAGGAUUGGUACCUUUCCUCCACUAUACAGAUGACACUCACUUGAAAGCAUGUCGCUGCCUUGAAGCGGAGGAGCACGAGAGAUCACACCCAGUAAGUGACGACGACAAGAAUCUAGCAAUUGCUGUCGCACGCUACUUGGGGAAGUUUGGCCUUGAGUCAUGUCUCCAAUCAGUUUUCCAUCAAUACUAUGAACAAAAGAAGAUCGAAUGGGCCUUGAAUAAUGUUCGAGCCGAACGCUUCCACUACUCGAGUAAGAAUAAGGACUUUGUCUGUCGAUGUGAUUUACACCAGCAUCGUAACUACAGGCGGGUGCACAAUCCAGAGAUCCAGGAACUGUGUGCGGAGUUCUUUCAGCUGAACACAACUGAAACUGGGUGUACUCAGGAACAAUGGCGAAAAUUCGAUGUCAAAUCUCAAAAGAGCUUUGCAGCGCAGUCAAACUGGGAAGCUGAUCUGGUUGAGACAAGGACGUCGCUCCCACGGUUAAGGAAAAGUGCUCUCGAAUACGACUCACCAACCGGAAUCGAAUUGAUUAAAAGCCGCGAAGAGUGUCUUCAGGGCUUUCAUGGGUAUCGCUCCCGACGCUCUUCAAGCCCUCGUAAACGUCAUGCAACGAAAUCCUCGCAUAUGGCUCAUUUGAGCAGCCGAUCAAACGGUGUUACGGACAUUCCAGAAGAUGUGUGGCGCGUGAGUCGACCUUCUGUAUACCUAGGACAGUACGAGACCGAAUCGACUAUGAGUACGCCGCUUGGCUCCGCUGCUACACCGGCCUGGCACAACGCAGGCCCGGUCCGUAAGACGCAGGAAUUUCGACCUUCAAGGCUAGGUCUUCUCUCCAAUCCCCCCUCCGGUACACGACACGACCACACACGUCAACCGAGCUCGUUAGGGGUAGAUUCAGGAAACGUGCAUGCGGCAUCCUCUCACAGGGUUGUCUCUUCCCAGCCAGAGGCUGACCUUGCCGGGUUGGAAGUACGCCCUCGCGAGACGUUGCAACAUCCAACAUCACGCCCAUCAAAACCAUCUACCGCGCACAUUGACCCAAUCGCACGGACUGUUGAGCUUCCUUGUCCUGCGAAAACAGUAGAACUCGACACUGCUUCUGUUCCCCUGAGGUUCUUGCCACACCACUCGCGAACGCCGCAAGAGCUGGAAGAGACUUCUCCAGAAUACGUUGCUGAGCUCGCUGGUAAGCGACCUUUGAUUCGGUCGAAAAGGCACGAUCCAACAAAGGGUCAUAAGCGCGCAGACUCACACAUCUAG